CAGCAGCAGCAGCAGCAGCUCAGCCGUUUCUCCUGUCACCGGCGGAGGCGUCAGUCAAAAUGGUAGAUUUAGUUAUGGAUAUGCAAGCUCUCCUGGGAAAAGAUCUUCAAUGGAAGACUUCUAUGAAACUAGAAUCGACGGUGUUGACGGAGAAACAGUUGGCUUAUUUGGAGUGUUUGAUGGUCAUGGGGGUGUUCGAGCAGCGGAGUAUGUUAAGCAAAAUCUCUUCAGCAAUUUGAUUAACCACCCAAAGUUUAGAAGCGAUACAAAGUCAGCCAUAGCUGAGGCAUACAGUCACACAGAUUCGGAGUUUCUGAAAUCUGAGACGACUCAGAACAAAGAUGCUGGGUCAACAGCCUCAACUGCAAUCCUUGUUGGUGAUAAAUUGUUAGUAGCAAAUGUUGGGGACUCGAGGGUCGUUAUGUGUAAGGGAGGAAAGGCUGUAGCUGUUUCGCGAGACCAUAAGCCUGACCAAACUGAUGAGCGUCAAAGGAUUGAGGAUGCAGGAGGAUUUGUACUCUGGGCAGGAACUUGGCGGGUUGGUGGUGUUCUUGCUGUCUCUCGAGCAUUUGGUGACAGACUCCUGAAGCAGUAUGUUGUUGCAGACCCGGAAAUUACGGAAGAGGUUGUUGACGGUUCUCUUGAAUUUCUUAUCCUUGCAAGUGAUGGGCUAUGGGACGUCGUAACGAACGAGGAGGCCGUUGCAAUGGUGAAGCCUAUUGAAAACCCAGAAGAGGCAGCAAAGAAACUGAUGCAGGAAGCUUCUCAACGAGGCAGUGUCGAUAAUAUCACCUGUGUUGUGGUUCGCUUCUUAGGAAGCCAGGGCAGCGGCGAAAAAUGCGAGCAACACUGAAGGAUCUUUGGGUUUUAUGCUUGAUUCUUCUUGGAACUAAUUGAAGCUGGGACUAAGAGAAGUUUAAAUAGAGUGAAGUUUUGAAGAGAAUUUCACUAAAAAGUGGAAAUCAUGCUUGUUAAAUUAUCAUCGGCAGCUGAUUGAAUGUAUUCUCAAUAUCUGGGAAAUGUUGUAUUUGUUUCAUUGUUCUUGAUUGUUGUAAAAAUUGUUUCAGAUGAAAGAGUGGAUGACUGUCACUUUCAACUCGUGUUCAUGAGCGUGUACCGAAUAAAUUUCUGUAAAUUUUCUAUUACAUACUGACAUUAUUCUUUGAAUCCCGAA